AUGAGAACCGAAGAACAUUCCUCGGAAGAAGAUUUCUCAGAGGAAGAAGAUGCCCUCACGCCCUUGAGAUCUCAGAUCUUAGGUUGUCUGGAUGGAAUACAUAGUGCAGGGUCUUUCGCAACAUCUGACCACAAUGUCGAGCACAUUCACCCUGGUUUGACUGUCAAAGAUAUCGGUCCAAUCAGACUUCCCUUAUCUUCCGAAGAUGCAAAGGCUCUCAUUCGGGUGAGCAAUCAGGCCCCUUUUGGCAAUAGACGAGACAGUGAGGAAGACCUGGGAGAUCAACGGGAAAGAGCUGUCAUUCGAGAAUGA